UUUACGCAAAAUCUGGUUUCCAAGUCCAUGAAUGGCAGUUAUGCCCCUCCUCUAUUUCAUGGACCUUAAAACUCAAACAAUGCAACUAAUCGCGCCAACUUCUCGUUUUUUUCUUAAAACCCCCAAAUUCGCUCUUUCAAUCCAACGCAUUCAAAACCCAUUUCAUCUUCCUCUCUCCUUUCUCUUACCAACUAUUUUUAAUUACCCAUCUCUAUCUAUCCCUUCUAAAACCCUACUCCAUUGCAAAGCAACCAUGGCUAUGGAGAAAGAACACCAUAUUCAUGUCAGAAACCAUAUUGAUUUGACUGAGAAGGAAACUUUGAUAUUUAAUCGUCUUAAAGAGGUUCUUCGUUACUUUAAUUAUAAUACCCAACUUCGAGUUGCUGGUGGUUGGGUUCGAGAUAAGCUUCUCGGAAAAGAUUGUUAUGACAUUGACAUUGCUAUAGAUAACAUGUUGGGUAGAGAAUUAUGUGAAAAGGUCAAUGAAUACCUUUCUAAGAGGGGAGAAGAUGUUCAAAGCAUUGGUGUUAUUCAAUGCAAUCCGGAUCAAUCAAAACACCUGGAAACUGCACGAAUGCGUCUUUUUGAUUUAUGGGUUGAUUUUGUAAAUCUAAGGGCUGAAGACUAUUGCGAAAAUAGCCGCAUCCCUACCAUGAGAUUUGGGACACCGGAAGAGGAUGCUUAUAGGAGGGAUUUGACUAUAAACAGCUUGUUUUACAAUAUUAAUACCAAUUCCGUAGAAGAUUUCACUGGAAGAGGCAUUGCAGACCUGAAAUCAGGAAAGAUAGUCACUCCUUUGCCCCCAAAAGAGACAUUUUUGGAUGAUCCUUUACGCGUUCUUCGAGCUAUUCGUUUUGGUGCUAGGUUUGUUUUCAAGCUAGAUGAGGGACUAAAGGGAGCUGCUGCUUCUGAUGAAGUAAGGACUGCUAUUGCUGAAAAGAUAAGCAGAGAAAGGAUUGGUCAUGAAGUAGAUCUUAUGAUUGGAGGGAACCAGCCUGUUAAAGCAGUGGAGUAUAUCUGUACUCUGCAAUUGUUUUGGGUUGUCUUUAGUCUUCCUCCUAAUGUUGAGUCUUCUCUACCAGACGCAUUUGACAGGCUUUGUCAGACUUGCUUGGAUAGAGCAUGGAGACUUGUUCAGUCACUGGAUGAUCUCAUUUUGAAUGAUGACCAGAGGCGACUGUGCUUAUAUGCUGCUUUAUUCCUACCAUUAAGGAGUUUGGUGUACGAAGAGAGGAAGAAAAAGUUCCCGGUUGUUGAUCACGUCUUCAGGAAAUCUCUCAAACUCAAAGCUAAGGACGCAGAAAUUGUAAUCUGCAUCCACCGUGCAAUAGAGAAAUUCAUACCAUUAAUCUCUUAUAUUAAGUCUGAAAAGGAUAUGCAACAUGGUGAAGCUCACUGUGGAAAGAUUCUAAUUGAUGUCCCUGAAACAUCAAAAUUGCGGAUAUUGGCAGGCCUGCUUCUCCGAGAAAUCAAAGACUUCUGGCAAGUUGCAUUGCUUGAGUCGACGUUAUUAUAUCCUGAUGGCGAUUUACAUGAGUCAACAGAUGAGGAAUCAAAAUUGGAGAGGAGUAAAGAAUUGUUUAAGCUGGUCAAGGAUGUCAUUGUAAAACUAGAUCUCGACAACAUCUGGGAGGCUAAGCCGUUAAUGAAUGGGAAGGAUAUUAUGAGUAUCUUGAACCUUAAAGCUUGCCCGAGCGUAAAAGAAUGGCAACAAAAGGUCAUUGAGUGGCAACUUGCUCAUCCUUCUGGAACUGCGGAUGAAUGCCAAGAAUGGCUCAGGGAAGCUGGUGCUAAACGUGCAAAGAUAGAUGAUAAUAAUCUCUGAAAGCAACUCAUCUUUUACUUCUGGAAAUCUGCAUCUUCUAUGCAAGAUUAUGCAUAAUUGGCAAUCAUGGUAUGGAGUCCUGAUGAGGCCCCUCAAAAUUGGGGUGGCAGAUGGGUAAAAUUUUGUAGGUUUUGCAGCACAUCCGCCUUAAUUGGGGCGGAUAUAUAGAUAUAAAUUUGGUGGGUAGUGGUUGGUGGGUAGUAGCAUAGGUUGUUACUUGUGAGUGAGGAUUUAUUUAUUUUUUAUUGUAAGAACUAUAUUUCUUUAUAAUAUAUUUAACUUAUUAUGAAGUUACUAGAAAAUUUUAAUAAAUAUCAUAAGUUUUAAAGUGAUCCAACUGAAAGUAUGUUAGAACUAUAGAUUAGUGCUUCCAAAAAUAUGAAUUUUAGUAUGGUUUUAUUG